ACAUACUGUUUGGUGAUUCAGAGCAGAGUGCAGACGAAAUUUCAGAGCGGCAGACUCAGCAGGAGGAACGCACGCUGUUACAUUACCAUGGCUCAGUCUGAACGCCGGAGACGUGUGUCUCCACUCUCUUAAAAACACACCCUGGAGUGUAGCGACAGGACCUGCAUUUUGGGGGAAAACGCGACUCGCCUUCACCGUGCAAUUUGUUUGUCGACUCUCAUUGACAGUAAAAUUGAGAUUAAAAUGGUCAUCAAGGUUUACAUCGCCUCAUCAUCUGCCUCUGUAGCGGUAAGUGUUUGCAAAUGUAUUUGGACAAUGUUUCAUACACGAUGCAUAGAUAAAAGCAAUGCAUUAAAAACACCCUAUGCUCCCCAAAAUGACUGAAUAUUGUUCUCCAUUCUUAUUAUGUAACAGGACCGAGAGUGCGCCUGUUGGAGUGUUCUCAGGCAGCGAAAGUAUCAGCAUCAGUCAGACAUGCUGGCAGGGUUGUUUUUAUAGACUGAGAUGCACAUUUCUGAUUGGCAGGGUUGGCUCCUUAAUUCUUUCCAGGCUUUCUUGAAGAUGCAUUUUCAAAGUGAGGAUUUAAAUGUGUAUUUGACAUGACAAACCACCUGACCCGAAGCUCCCCUAUAGGGCAUUCCUUAUGUAAACGCUCAGUAAAUAACUUUAUGUAAACAUAAAGGCAGAACAAAGAAGUGUUGUGCACCAUGAGUGGCCUCCGAGGUGUGCAAGUAUGGACAAAAUGAAGACAUUUAACUGUGAAAUAAGAAAUGAAAUGACAGGCUUGUCAGAUUAGCAGAUGCUUUUUGUAGUUUUAGAUCCUGUGAUGUUCAACGAAUGCUGGGAAAAGCAGAAAGGACAAAGCCUUUAUUGUAGUUCAAAGCUCUGUCUUUUGCUUUUAAGGCACUGUCAGGAGCAGCUACAGGUGCACCUGUGUGUUUUUGGUGGGAGGGGGGGCGUCUUUUAUGUACUGUAAGCGGCCUUACAGCCUUAUUUAAUGUCAUUUACCUACCCAAAAGUCACUUUUUGUGUGCUGUGUACUGCUUAAAGGAUUAGCUCACUUGUCACAUAGAAAAGUGUGAUGUUUAACAGUGUCAUAUUUGCUUAUGUUUAAUAUUCUGAGGGCUAAAAAAUAAACUGGGGAAUGUAGCUAUGAAAAAGUUAUCAAGCUCAUUUCCAACACCUUGUACUCAAAAGAUUUUGAUUUGUAGACAGAAAAGCUGACACAUGCAUCUACAAUGGAAAGACACUUAAUCUGCUGCCUCUUACUCCCACUGUGUCUCUCUGGAACAUCUGCACAUCCCUGUGAAAAGUUCCUGCUCAUGUGUAUGUGCAGAAAAUUAUCAAACAAGACUCCUACGUACAUGCUCAAAGUCUUAGGUAACGGUGCAUACGAGUAAUUUAUUUAUUUUAUCAUGCUCUAGAAGUGAGCUGCACAAUCUUUGAGAGUUUACUUAGCGGUUAUUUUUAACUCUGUGACACAUACAUCCAAAACUCAAACUCUCUCACUCUCACAAACACACAAAGCACGCUCCUGCAAGCUUGAAUAGGCUGACCAUUUGGGUCAGCUAUGUGAGCGUGGAGCUCAUGUGAAUGUAAUUCACUCUGAAUGCUUUCAAUUGAGUCACAAGUGAUGGAAUAAAUAGGAGAGGUGAUGCUGGACACUUAAGGGGAGUUGAUGUAUGUGAGUAUAAAGAAAAAGCUAGAGAGAGGGAGGCCAUGUCAGAUGAAGUUCACGAAUGAAAUAUGAGCUGGAAAAGACAGACAUCUAAAGAUUACAGUGUCCCAUAAAAAUGAGCAGUCCACAGCCUAACAACAGCAGAUUAGUGAGGCGGAAAUCAUCAACACAGACUAAAUCAAGGGCAAAUUAGGUUAUUCCCUCCACUCCCCCAUAGUUAUGUGGGUUCAUUCCCCCCAGACUUUCAAUUUUCUCUACGUUUACAGCUUUUUAAAUCUUAAACAUAUUUUUAAUAACAGAGAACACUCAGUAUAAUCAAUCCUUUAAGAAUCUUGUGAUCUAACGCAUGAUUUAAUGCUGAGAAAGAAGUUAAUCCUUUCAUUUCAAAGAAUACAGAACAAGCCAAAACAGUAUUUAUUGGUUUUAUAUUUUAAAAUGAGUGACAUGUUUUCUCCUUUUUUUUGCCCUCAGGAUGGCUGUAAUUUAUUUAUUCUCCCAUCAUAAUCCCAGUCUCUACCCUUUGUUUGUGCCUGUCUGAGGCUAAAGGAUUAACCUCAGAUUAAUCCCCACAUUUUGGAAAGUGCUCUCCAACAAUGAGUCUGUGAUGAGCGUUCAUAUUGCUUUAAAUCGAUGCACGCACGCACACAAUCUGAACUGAUCCAUCCCUAUGACACACACUCCCGCUCACCCUUACUAGGGGCACCUCUUGCAUUAUUUACACUCUUGCUGCCUGUAUGUCCGCUCAGAGGAAGGUUGUAUCAUUUAAACUUUGCUGAAAAGCAGCAGUGUGACCAACAGUACUGACUCUUGAGGUGGUUCUUCUAUGUGUGGAGCUUUAACCUUUACCCAAACCCAACUGACAGUUUUACUCUCUUAAAAGCAGUACAAAUCUUUAGAAUUCAUUUGGCGUCCUAUGAGGGUCCAGUUAAGACAUUUUACAGCCACACACACAGAGUCACCUUUAGAAAGACUCGAUAGAUUAUCUGCUUUUGUGUAUGUUUGGGUGUGUGUCUAUAACAGCCUCUUCAGAACAAUCCCUUACUGUCUUCAAGGUGAAACAAUGGCUCCAUUGUGGCCCUUUACUGCAUCAAUGAAAUAAUGGACACACAUGCCAUGUUUACACACAAGCAUGAAAGAAAGCCAUUAUGAUAGUUCUGUAACUUUACUUUGACCUGCAUGUUUUUAUCUUCUCCAUUUAAGGCGCAAUUUGCGAGGAAGUCUGUUUUGGAUUAUAGUAAAAUAAAAGUCCCAUGUGAUACUAGUUCACACUUCAUCUUCCUAAAGUUGUUUUGACUAUGCUAACUCUCAUUCUAAUAUUAAUGCAUUGUUUUCCUUUAAAGCUCCUCAUGGUUUGUGUUGAUUAUGGCAUCCUCUGUGGUCAGAGAGGUACAGCUUAUCUCUUUAAUUAAGUCUCAAAAUGUGGCACACUCACUGACAUUGUUUUGCUUCUUUUCAUGUAAAUCAUAGACUGUAUAGAGAAUGGGUGCUGUCUGCCUCCUCGCUUGGUGAAGCCACCCCGAGAACAGCACCCUCUGGUGACCGGCUGCAGUAUAGGUCAUAAAUCCUGCUUCCUCCAGCAAUCCCUGUGGAGUUGUGGACAAAUUUUAGAAAUUUAUUACACAGAAUGUAAAUUUUUCUCCCCCCACUGCGUACGAUGUUGAUAUGUAGUUACUGUAAGACUGGUUUGUGCUCAAGUCCUCUUUUUUUCUGGACAGCUCCAUUUUUAAAAGUUAUUAGGGGGUUCAUGUUUUCUAUGAUUGACACUUGAUAUAGAAGAUUGCAUAGCUCACCCGGGGGGAACGCUGUUUGGGCCGAGCUGAAUGUAUACAACACUACUGUGCAAGUAGUAGUUCCAGGAAAUGGAGAAAAAAACAGAAAAUACAGAGAGCAAUUCAGCUUCAAAUUCGUAUAAUGGCAGAAGGCAGAACCAAGUUGUCCAUAGUAUAUACAGUCUAUGAUGUUGACACACAAUGACAAAAACACAGGAAGUGAUACAAAGAGUAAAAUGUUUACAAUUGACCAAGAAUGUAAACAGAUUCAGUCUUUACAUAACAAAAAAAAAAAAGGGGGGGGGGCUAAACUACGAGACUCCCAACUACCCUAAUUCUUCCAAAUCCCACCCUUAGCCAAGCUACAGUUGGGGUUCACUUAGUGCUGAGAAACAAGUGAGUAAAGGAAGCCAAUGAUGAUGAAGAGUGUCCAUUAACUCUGAGAGACACAUUUUCAGAUCUAGGACCAAAGACUGUCCAAUUACUGGACGUAGCAUCAGUGAUAUCACUCAUUUUUUGAAGUCAAUAGCAGCGGUUGCCAUACUGGAAAUGCUGACCCGACCUAACUUUUGUUCAACCUACCAGAAACAGGCCUUUAGCCUCCUUCAAAUGGCUUCAAGUGUGUUUGUGUGCAGCAUGCAGUUACUUACUUACCCACAUUUACAUCCCUCCGAAAGUUUUAAAUAACCAUGUAGAAAUAAUCAGUCUUUUUAUUGACGGUCUUGUUUGCUUUUUAGCACAUAAAAAGACAAUAGUUUUAGUUUCAGACUGUUUCAGAACAGGCUAAAAAUUCCUUACAGGAGCUUGAAAGCUGCAGUAAGUGGUCUACAACAUGUGGACUGUGUCACUGUCUCUGUUAUGUGCACGACUCUCCCAUCCGUGGGAGUUUUCUGUCUUCUAAAAUUAUCCCUGCACUUUUUUCUUUCUCAUAAUUCAAAGACACUGUCAUGCACUUUCACUCGUACACAAACAGGACAUCCCAGAGCACAUAGGACAACACUACAGGGAGCUGCUGCAUCUGUUUAUAGACCAAAAGUGACAAGAGAAUACAAAACCGCCUAGUGUGUUUCCUUAAGAAUAAAAAGUAGCCUAACAAAAGUAAAUAAAAGAAUCACUGACAGAUAAUGAUUUAAGCUUUAAAUCUCAUCAGCUGUAUAGAGGGUGAGGUCACAGUAUACUGUCUUCAAACCUAAGCCCUUCAGCUAAUCAACAAUCCUUCCGAAUGUCCCAAUUACAAAUGGAGAAGCUCUGCAGAGAAUACAUACACAUGUGAAAGUGAAAGAGACACCCUGCUCUCAUUCAGCGGGUGUCAGCUUACCAUUUAAUAUUACAGGAGAGUAUUUAAAACCCUUGCUUACUAACUAGAGUACACAGACGGGGGAAAUGGCAUGCACUCAUAUGGUCAUGUUAAAUGACAGUAUAUGUCUGGAUGCAUGAAAUACUACAGAUUCAGUACAUCUGUAAGCUUAUUUAUGAGUGUUAUCUUCAUGUGCAUCUGCAUACUUGAUUGUCCUGCAUUCUCAUCUUCCUCUCCAGGUAAAAAAGCAUCAGCAGGCAGUUGUGGGUUUCCUCGAGGCCAAUCGAAUCAGUUUCCAAGAAGUAGACAUCACCAUGAUGGAGGAGCACAGGCUGUGGAUGUACCGCAACAUCCCCAAAGAUAAGCGGCCUGAGAAAGGCAACCCACUGCCGCCACAGAUCUUCAAUGAGGAUCGCUACUGUGGGGUACGACAUCUGUUCGUGUCUAACAGCUUUUAGGUUGCACUUCACCCCUCUGGUCAGUCUUUUUGGAAGUUUUACAGGAUAAUUCAGCUCUUAUUGUGAAGUAAAUCAAUAUAAAGUGGAGCUAAAUAUGCUGCUGAUUGAGUUCAGUCAGUCAGAGCUGGCCCCUUCAUGUCCGCCACUGAGUUUGCAUGCUCCUCUGUAAUCCUGUCGUAAUCCAGUUUCAUGGACAGGGCAGAUAAUCUGCUCUUCCUGCCGUCACUCUCACUGGCCUAGGUAAUCCAACAUUACUCCCCAAUGUCAUGGUCAUUGAAUUAUAUUUUAAGCAGCAGUAUCUGGCAGGGAUGUUUCUAACCAUCCUUCAAAUUUAUGGAGAUUAUGUAACACCCUCUAUUUUUUUUCCUUCUCUCUCAGGACUAUGAAGACUUCUUCCAGUCAAAGGAGGACAACAAUGUUUUUGCAUUCCUCGGGCUCAGCUCUCAACCCUCAGUGAAAGUAAGAGCGAUGUAUUAGAGUUGCUGCUUAGCAAUACAGUCAAUUUAUUUACAGUUAAAGACAGAACUGCAGACCGCCUCUGUUUUCAGCCCACAAGGUUUCCUGUCAGCACUGUUUCCCUGAAACUCCAAAUUCUGCCUCAUCUGAGUCAGCAGCUGAUUUCUCCCCUAAAAAUGUUCAUAAAACUUCUCUGUAGUUUUUGCACAGCAGCUUCCCUCCUCAAAGAUCCUCUUAAGAUAAUCAAAAGUUCCCACAUCAACCAAAAGAUGGAUUUAAUCUUAAAUUUAUACAUUAUAUUAAACAUUUGAUCACAUGUCUCCCUGAUACACAUGUGCAGCGACUAUCUGAGGAUCAUCCAGUUGCCAACCAUCAAAAAGUCUGUUCACUAUCAUCACCAUGAAGCAUCAUUUGAUUAUCCGCAGUCAUAUCCUAUUUUCUCAUCUCUGUGCAGAAGGAUGAUUGGAUAACGAAGUAAAAAGAGAUCUGAUUACGAAUGAACCACCAGGAAAUUGCAGACAGGCCUGAUCAAAAAUCUCCACCCUGAAGCUGAGGCACUGAGCCCUCAUUGACUUUAAUGGCAUCAGGCAUGCAGCGCAGGAGUGUGUGAGAUCAUAAAAUGAAGACAGGGCAUCUGCACUGGUCUCAUGAUCCAAUUAGCAUGAUCUUAUCAACGAAUGGAUUUGUAUGAUAGCACAAUAAAUCACAAUACAUUACAUCCACAAUUUAUCUGUGCUACUGCACUUCUUUUUCACCAAUGGAUACAAGCAGUCAGAUAAAUUUGAGCUCCCUAUUUAUCAUUUAGGAAGUGUCCAAGAAACAGUUAUUGUGAAACAUACCCACUGAUCUUCACCUCUUUGCUGUUGUAAAGACAAACCUACCAACCUUACUGUAAACAUUACAUACAAAGAAAAGUUCACACAGCAAUCAAGGAUAACGUUGAUAUGCAGCUCAUUGUGUGUGUCUGUUACAGGUAGAUAGAUGUUGAUAUUUAGUUACUGUUAGACUGGUUUGUGCUCAAGUCUUCUUUUUUUCUGUGCAGCUCCAUUUUUUAAAGUUAUUAGGGGGUUCAUGUUUUCUAUGAUUGACACUCGAUAAAGCCUACGGGCGUACAAAGAUUGCAUCGCUCAUCCGGGUGAUACGCUUCUGUGCAAGUGGUGGUUCCAGGAAAUGGAGAUAAACCUGGAAAUACCGAGAGCAAUUCCUCUUUAAAAUUUGUAUAAUGACGGAAGGCGGAACCAAGUUGUCCAUAGUAUAUACGGUCUAUGUGUCUAACUCAGGGUUAAAGCUUUUCAGUGCUUUCCUAUAAGAGUGUGAAAAUUAAUCUCUUCUCUGUUUUCUCUCACUUCUCCAGGACUCAGAGUCAUAGCUUGCGUCAAACUGCUGGUACACAAUGUCCAGGGAACUAUGAAAUAUUUGGACAAAAACAGCUUCCUGUGUUCCUUCUGCUUGCACGCCAGCAUGUUGCCAAACUACAGAUGCUCACAGACGACAAUUUGUGUGGCUUCUCUCAACUUUGAAACAUCAUUUCUCUUUCCCUAAAGUCACCGAAAAGAUGUUUUACCCUGGAAGGCCGCAGUGGUUUGAAUAAAGACGUCUGACUCUCUUUCCUGUUUAACACACAAUGACAAACACUGUCAGUAGCAUCAGUUCUGUGCAAACUAGAAGACAUAUGUAGCAGCCUUUGCAUUCGAUGAUUUAGGUCAAAUUACAGUGCAGCAGCACAAGUCAUCCUAUGUGUGCAUGUGUUUGUGUGUGUGUGCAAACCUAAGUGUGAGUGUUUUGGCCAACAGCUGUUUAUGAAGGCCAUAUGAGUGUGUGUGUAUUUGUGUGUUUACAUGUGUGGAAGGGGGGACAGUGAUGCUGCAGCUUAUCACAAAACAGAUGUAACCAAAUGCUUACAAUGAUAAAAUACAUGAAGGGUGUACUCAUGAUAGUGAGACCUCAUUUGGUUUCACACACACAAAAAAAACAAACAAACAAAAAAAUGAAACACUGCCACACUGGUUGAAUAAAAUGUUAACUCCAGUGAUCUUCUACGUACUUAUUUAUGUCUGCAUUCCCACAGACAGGACCAAAACCAUCUAAAUGGUUGUUUGCUUCUUGUGACCUCGUAUUUGUAAAUUACACAGUUGAAAUUCAAGCUAUUUUCUACCACAGGGACACGCUGUAGAACUUUAAACAAGUCCAAAUCAUGGGCUUGGUAGUCAGGUCCUGGGCCCUAUGUACAAGGAGCCACUGUACACUUACCUGUUCUCUAAAUAAACACACAAAAGCAGAAAAAACAAUAAACUUGAAAAAAGCAUCACAAACAGGAGUAAACAGAGUAUUUGCACAGACUAUUUUAAGCCAUGGAUUAAUCCACAGUUGGUGCGGCAUUAGCAGCAGGAUGCUGCAUGUGGGACUAACUCAGAAUUGAAAACCCUGUCUGUGUUUAUAAUAUUCAUGUGUGAAGGGCUACAACAGAGCUCUGUGAAACAGAGGGUUAAGACUUAAGAUGUAUUUAUUGUUGGUAUUUUCAUGGGAUUAAAAAACAAAAAAAAAAUAUUGAUUAUUGCUGGCUUAACUCUCUGUCAACCCCCCAAAGCUUGCCUGUAAUCAGGGUCAAAUGGGUACACUUUACAUGAGAAAGAGCACUUUUAUUACAGUCUGGUAUGACAGAGGACAGGGUCUAGAAAAAUGAUAUUUAACUGCUCAGAUAUAAUCUGGUGACAAAACUUCCCCUGAUGUGCCUCUCCUUACUCUUAACACUUAAUGUCCACAUGACUUUUUAGGUUCACUGCAGCUGAAAUGUGAGCAGACUUCCCGUCUGAUGAUUAUUCUACGAAACACCUGCAUUUUUUUUUUUUGAGUUGUUUAUGACUUGUAUUUUCCAAUACACUAUUAGCCAAUCCUCCCUACACUUCUUAGCCAUCAUGUUAGAGGAUGUGUUAUUUUCGCUGAGCACGUAGAGAGUCUCACACUAAACGUGUCUCUGUUACUGUCCACAUUAACCGCUUUCCAAUUCUGCUGAGUUGUGUCCUUGUCUAUUGUGAAAUUGUGAUAUCUAUGUUGUAACUUUUGUGAAUGGACCUCACUAAGCCUGUUGGACUGUAAACUGACUAAAUAUAUUUUGUAACACCUCUUGGCCUCUGA